GCGCCGGCUCCCGCGCGCGCCCCGCGCCCCCCCCAUUCAUUAAUAAAUUAGCGGCACGCUCCAGCCGAGCGCGAGGCUCCGAGGGGGGGCACGGGGAAAAGGGGGGAGAAACAGGGGGGGGAGAGGCCGGGGGCCGGGGCUGAGGCCGGGGCCGGGCGUCGGGCGGGGCGGCGGGGGGCAGGUUUGAUUGUUCCCCGCGGGGUAUAUAAGGGGUGUUAAGGAGGGUCGUGUGCCAGACACGCAGCCGACGGGCCCCGGGCCGCUCCCCCCCGCCCCCCUCUCUCCCCGCCUUUCCCCCCCCUCCCCAAAAAUCCUCCCUCCUCCUCCUCCUCCUCCUCCUUUCCCCCCCCCCCCCCCAGGAGGAUGCUGGUGAAGGCGGAGAGCCCCGCGCCGCCGGCGGAGGACGAGCUGCUGCUGCUGGGGCUCGCCUCGCCCGCCCCCUCGCUGCCGUCCAGCGCCGGCGACGAGGAGGAGGAGGAGGAGGAGGAAGAGGAGGAGGAGGAAGGGGAGGAGGAGGCGGCUUCCCCGGCCCGGCCCGGCUCUGCCCGGCCGUCGGGGCCGCGGCGCAGGGAGGGGAAGCGGCGGCCGGGGCGGUGCCGCACGGCGGAGGCUGCGCAGCGGCUGAAGCGGAGCCGGCGGCUGAAAGCCAACAACCGGGAGCGCAACCGCAUGCACCACCUGAACGCGGCGCUGGACGCCCUGCGGGACGUGCUGCCCACCUUCCCGGAGGACGCCAAGCUCACCAAGAUCGAGACGCUGCGCUUCGCCCACAACUACAUCUGGGCGCUCACCGAGACGCUGCGCCUGGCCGGGGGGGCGGCGGCGGCGGCCAGGGCCGGCCCCGACGGCGGGCUGGAAGCCAGCCCCUCGCCGGCCUCGUCCUGCAGCCCGGCGCCCUCCGCCUCCCCCUACGCCUGCACUUUAUCGCCCGCCAGCCCCGACGGCUCCGCGUCCGACGCCGAGCACUGGGCGCCCCCCCGGGGCCGCUUCGUGCCCCCCCCGCCGCCGCCUCCGCCGCCCCGCCGCUGCCUCUAGCCCCGCAGCCCCCUCCCCAGAUUUUCUCCCCCCCCCAUCCCCGUCCCAAAUUUCCUCUGCCCCCACCUCCGACGUUGCACUUUGUCCGCUCCCCCAGCUUUUGUGUGUGUGUCCCCCCCCCCCUCCAACCCUCCUUCCCUCCCGCUCCCCGUUUCGCCAGCUGUCUCUUGUGAUUUACGAGGUUUGGGGUGGGGUGGGGGGGUCCGCAGAUCAAGAGAGAAAAAAAAAAGAAAAAGUUGAGUUGUUUUGUUAGGGGGCCAGGUUAGAAGUCAUUGUAUAAUUUGUAGGCUUUGUGAGGGCUGAAUGCAAGCGUGGAAAUUUAGGCUGAACUCUCUAUCAAAAGGGAAAAAAAAAAAAAAAAAAGAAGAAAAAACAACGUCAAGGGAAAGGGGGGGUGUGGAUCGGGAGGGAGGACUCGUCAUGCAUUAUUUAUUUCGACCUUUAGGGGACGAGGAACUCCCCCCUUCUUUCAGGAGAUUAAAAAUAAAUCAACAGACUGAAAACCUAAACAGACACGGAACAUUACAGCGAUCAGCCACACACGUGUUCACAUUUAUUUAUUAUAAAGAAAGAUUUCAUGGAAAAUAUGUAUUUUUUUGUAUAAUUUACAGAGUUUAUUCUAGUAUGUAUUUACAGCCGAAGAGCAAAGGGACUGUUCUCGUCAUAAAAUAUAAAUAAAAUAUCUAAUUUUCAUAA